AUGAAAACAAAGAUGAUAUCUCCGACGAAGUUCUCCCUCAUCGUCCUCCUCUUCUGCUCCUUUGGGAAUCUUGCCACCGGCCAGAGGAGCGGGUUCAUCUUUCCAUCGCAUGAUCCAUGCUCGCUGAAUGGUGGAGUAUGCACGAAGAUCGCCGAGUGUCCCGGAGCAGUGGCAAGAAACCUGUCGGAUGCAUCAACCAUCCGAUCGCUACUUUGCUCCUCCAAAUCCAGUGAGCCCCUCAUCUGCUGCGACCAAGCGACACCCACCCUUCCAGCUUCUUCCACAAGUUCUCCCCCUCCCCCAAAACGGGUCAGCCAAACUAAGUGCGAGGAGUACAAAGCCUCCCAGAAAAGCGUGACCUGCGAGAAAUCUCAAAAAGAAUUAAUUGUUGGUGGAGAGGCAGCGAAGCCCUACGAGUUCCCUCACAUGGCCCUCGUGGGAGAAAAGCUGUUGAACGGGAACAUUUCUUGGAAAUGCGGCGGAACCCUAAUCAGCAAGGAAUGGAUUCUCACAGCUGCCCACUGCAUCAACAACGAGUACGUCCUCGUCUUUUCCAGCGUCGAUCAUGACUCUCCUUCCCUGCCUUUGAUGGCGAGACUCGGGGAACAUGACCUGAAUGAUGUUGAGACCAUCACAUACGAUUACAGUGUGACGAAGUUCGUCAUUCAUCCAAGAUGGGGAAGAGGGGGAUAUCGGAUCAAAUACCAUGAUAUUGCCCUCCUGCAAUUGGAUCGGGAAGUGCACUCUCAACACCUUAUUUUCCCAGCGUGUCUGCCGACUGAAGAGGAAAUUUUGACACCGGAAAGAAAUAACUCUCUGAGUGUUGCUGGAUGGGGAAAUAACUCUAUCGGCGAGAUAAAGAGCAGAAUUCUGCAAAAAGUCAGUGUUCCAUUGAUGGGGCCAUCAGACUGCGAUCAGGUGCUUUCAAAAUAUCCACGUCUGGGUCUGAAAAGAAUCUAUCCAAAAGGUGUGAAGGGUCGAAUCCUGUGCGCCGGCACAGGAGGCAAAGAUUCGUGCCAGGGAGACUCAGGGGGACCAUUGAUGCUACCUCUCUCUCCAGACAGCUGCGUGUAUACCAUUGUGGGGAUCGUAUCCACUGGCGUCGGGUGCGGGAAUCCUGACUUCCCUGGCUUCUAUACUCAGGUCUCCUCCUACUUGGACUGGAUUGAAGGGAUUGUCUGGAAGACUACAAGUGCAACCGCCACUAUGUUCUAG